CCCGGCCCGGGCGGUGCGUGCGUGUGGUAACCCGCGGGCACAGGCACUGCCCCGACCGCUGUCGCGCCCCGCCGGAGCGGGGAAAGACUGGGGGAAGCUCACGUCGCGCCGGGCUCUUCUCCUGGAGGAGGGGAGGCCCACCGUGCCGGCGGACUUGGCGCCUGUGCGGCUGCUUCGGCAAAGAGAGAGAAAGAGAGAGAUCUUCCAUCCACUGAAGCACAGUUCACUAUGAUCGUACUCGCAUUCAGCACUGGAAGCCGGUUGGAUUUCGUGUCUCAGUCCAGGGUGUUUUUCUUGCAAACCUUCCUUUGGAUUUUAUGUGCCACAGUGUGCAAAGCGGAGCAGUAUUUCAAUGUGGAGGUAUGGUUACAAAAGUAUGGCUACCUUCCACCAACUGACCCCCGAAUGUCGGUGUUGCGCUCUGCAGAAACCAUGCAAUCAGCUAUAGCUGCCAUGCAGCAGUUCUAUGGCAUUAAUAUGACAGGAAAAGUGGACAGGAACACAAUUGACUGGAUGAAGAAGCCUCGAUGUGGUGUGCCUGACCAAACAAGAGGUAGCUCCAAAUUUAGCAUUCGUCGGAAACGCUACGCGUUAACAGGACAGAAAUGGCAACACAAACAUAUCACUUACAGCAUAAAGAACGUCACUCCAAAAGUAGGUGAUGCUGAAACUCGUAAAGCCAUUCGCCGUGCCUUCGAUGUGUGGCAGAAUGUAACUCCUCUAACGUUUGAAGAAGUUCCUUAUAUUGAAUUAGAAAAUGGCAAGAGGGACGUUGAUAUUACAAUCAUUUUUGCAUCAGGUUUUCAUGGAGACAGUUCUCCCUUUGAUGGGGAGGGAGGAUUUUUGGCUCAUGCAUAUUUCCCUGGGCCAGGAAUUGGGGGAGACACUCAUUUUGACUCAGAUGAGCCAUGGACUUUGGGAAACCCCAAUCAUGAUGGAAAUGAUCUGUUUCUAGUUGCAGUGCAUGAACUGGGACAUGCUCUGGGCUUGGAGCACUCUAAUGAUCCCACUGCAAUCAUGGCUCCAUUUUACCAGUAUAUGGAAACUGACAACUUCAAACUACCUAAUGAUGACUUACAGGGCAUCCAAAAGAUAUACGGUCCACCUGACAGGAUCCCACCACCAACAAGACCUCUGCCAACAGUGCCCCCACAUCGUUCAAUCCCUCCAGCAGACCCGCGGAAGAAUGACAGGCAACCUAAACCUCCCCGGCCACCCACUGGUGACAAACCUUCCUAUCCCGGAGCCAAGCCUAACAUCUGUGAUGGGAACUUCAACACUCUGGCUAUUCUUCGCCGGGAAAUGUUUGUUUUCAAGGAUCAGUGGUUUUGGCGAGUCAGAAACAACAGGGUGAUGGAUGGAUACCCCAUGCAGAUUACCUACUUCUGGAGGGGACUGCCUCCCAGCAUUGAUGCAGUUUAUGAAAACAGUGAGGGGAAUUUUGUCUUCUUUAAAGGUAACAAGUUCUGGGUUUUCAAGGACACUACUCUCCAGCCAGGUUAUCCUCAUGAUUUGGUAACACUUGGAAGCGGAAUUCCUUCCCAUGGCAUUGAUUCAGCAAUUUGGUGGGAAGAUGUUGGGAAAACCUACUUCUUCAAAGGAGAUAGGUACUGGAGGUACAGUGAAGAAAUGAGAUCCAUGGAUCCUGGUUAUCCCAAACCAAUCACAAUUUGGAAAGGUAUCCCAGAAUCUCCUCAGGGAGCCUUUGUCCACAAAGAAAAUGGCUUCACAUAUUUCUACAAAGGAAAAGAGUACUGGAAAUUCAAUAACCAGAUGCUCAGGGUGGAACCUGGCUAUCCCAGAUCCAUCCUCAAGGAUUUUAUGGGUUGUGAUGGACCAACAGAUCGAGAUAAAGACCGACACAGCCCUCAAGAUGAUGUUGACAUUGUCAUCAAACUGGACAACACAGCCAGCACUGUGAAAGCCAUAGCCAUCGUCAUUCCCUGCAUCCUGGCCUUGUGCCUCCUUGUCUUGGUUUACACUGUGUUCCAGUUCAAAAGGAAAGGAACACCCCGCCACAUACUGUACUGCAAACGCUCUAUGCAAGAGUGGGUGUGAUGUAGGGUUUUGUUUUUUUUCUUUCCCUCCCAGGAGUUUGUGGUAACUUGAGAUUCAACACAAGAGCUGUUAUGCAGUUUCCUAGCUAGGAGCGGGCAUCUGUCAGUCUGAAACAAAGCUGAUCUUUAAAACCCAGGGGGUUGCCUGUCCUGCGCAUGAGUGGCGAUUUGCUCAGCUGGGAAGCUUCCAUGAUACACAGUAUCUGCUGUUUCUUCAGUCCUUUGUCUGUCUUUGUCAUUCAAUUCUAGGCCUUUCCUCUGCACGCUCAAUGCCCUAUAAACUAUCAGGAUUAACUAACCAAGAGGAAAAAAAAAAAAAAAAAAUCUCCAGUGUUUCUACAUUUUUCCAGUAAGGCCUGUUCCCCUUUGAAAAAUUUUUUGCUGAAAGUAAAUUUUUUUAGAGAAACACAACAACACACAAUGGAACUUUCAGGAAAGUGAGAAGACCCAAAACAGCUUUGUCUCCAAAGAGGAUUGCUUUCUGUCUGCUACGGAUAAAGUCCUAUACUCCUACUUCCAGUUUUGUCAGGUGGGAGCCUCGGAUGACACGCAGGACUUCAGACUGUUCGGACAGCCAUUUUCCAACAAACAAGGGGCCAAAAUAUCUGCAAUAUAGUAACAGCCUUAAUAAUACAUUCAUUUUGUGUUUUUUACAGCUGCUCUGGGCUAUGUCCUCAAUGUUUUAAACUCAUUUAUAUAUAUUCAAGCAGAACCUUUUUAUUGGUUUGUUUGAGUUUUGGUUCGUUUUCCUGCAUAAUCUUUCCCAAGCUGUACCAAGCCAACUGCCCCAGGCCUUUCAUAGGUCUGUCAAGAGCACUCAUUCCAAAGCAUGGUAAAAAGCAGUGUGUCUCUGAAGUGGAUUUCAAUGAACUAAAGCGACAGUCAUGCUGUAGAGAAACUUGACGCUGGUAUUACAUUUGUAGUGUAACCCUUUGAGAACUAUUGCAUCCGUUUUCAGAGUCUGGUGGAUGUUAAUCUUGGUUGUCAUUACAUUAUAGGAUUGUGUUUGGGUAAUACAGGUUUUAAAAGAAAAUCAUUUUUUCAAAACAGAUUUCCUGUGACUGCAAGUGAGUGUUUUUAAUUAUUUGCAUUACUGAUGGAAAAGUGUUUGUAACAUAAAUAGAAAGCAAAAUAUAUUUACCAGCUACUUUCUGGUUAAAGGAACCAAACCUAUUUUAAUAACUUCUACCACUUACCAAGAAUUUUUCUGAACUGAUGACAAUUUUAUAGCUUAGACUCUUAUCUUAAGCAUCUUGAACUUCUCUUUUAAACUACGUUGCAUGAUAAUUCAAUUUGCCUCUGCAGAGGUAGAGCUACAGUUUCAAAGGAGAGCUAAAAUGAUGACUCUGAUAUUGCAUGAGAAUCCUCUGGUGUGUUACCCCUUUGCAUGUUCACCAUAGUUCUCAAAGGGUUAGUCAAAUUUCCGGCCUUCAGCCGAACGUGAUAUCACUGACAGAGCCAAGGGACCACCAAAGCAUUUUGUCAUUCUGUGUAAUUUGUGCUAACAGCAGUAUUGUCAUUUUCAUGUGACCUGCAGAGCAGGUUUGUAUCAAUAUUUUUUUCCUAGAGAAAAGUCAGCAACUGACAGACCUCUUUAUUGAUUUUAGGAGCUGCUUCUUGCAGUGAUAGGCUUUACAGUCACUGGGCUGUGAACUUAUUAAAGAUGGUCAGAAUGAUGCACCCCAAAAGUCAGACACCUGGUUUUUUAUGAAAGCCAGGAUUUGAGGGGAGUAGCUUUUGCAACAAUGAACAGCUUGCCUUGAACUUGAUUAUUGACCUGUUGACUGUCAUUACCAAGUUAAACAUUGUCUUCUGUGAACAGCUUCACUGUCUGAAUUUCCUUAAAGUGUACUGUCCUAUGUCUUUGAUCUUUGACCUUUAACUUGCAAACUGGCACAAACUGAAGGGAAUCUGGUGUUGUGAAUGAACUAAGACGAGCUUUAUUUCUUAAAAGGCCAGGUAUACAUUACCCAAAAUUUGAAGAAAACAUUGAAGUGUUUUCAUAGAAAAGAACUGACAUAAACUAAAAUAUUUAUGAUAGAUCUGUAGAAGGGUAUUUUGCUAUGUAUACAUGCACACUCUAAAAAUGAACUACAGUAGCAGUUAAUUUUUAUUUAACUUGAAUACAAUUUUCAGUAUAAAAAUAUCAUUUCUACAAAUAGCUAGUUAUUAAUGAAAAGGUUAUAGGAAAGUAUUAAAAUACUUGAAAUGGCCAGUAUUGGCUUUUACAUAAAAUGAGACUUUUAUACUACAUUCAACCAAUUUCUUACUGGUUUCUUAAUCCACAUAACUGGAUCACUUUUUAGAGAGUGUAGGUAUAUAUGCAUAUAUAUUAUGGUUAUUAUUAUUAUUUUGGUAACGGAUAGCUUGACUGCCUUGAAUUUAUAUUUAUAUUGAGCAUAGCAUGAAAAAUAGUAUGCCUUUUUGUUCAAUUACAUGAUUUUAUAUUGAUUUGAGGACCUGUUUUAUGAACAUAUGUGGCAUGCUAUAAAGCAUUGCAAACUUAUUUCUUAGAGCAUAAACAGAUAUACAUAUGUACGGCUAAUAAAAAUGAAGAUUAGAAGAAGAUAUAGUUUUACAACAAAUAUGCAAUGCAGAUGGCAUUUUGGAGAUGUUUUGUAGAGGUACUGCAUACUGUAGGUUAGAAGUGCACCAGUAUCACCCCAUAGCAUUAUUUAGUAAACCCAAUUCAGUUGUUGCUGAAAAUAUAGAUUAACUGACAGUUAAGUAACAUGGGAUAUUUACUGCACAUCAGCUCAUUUGGUGAAUUUGGAAUUCUAUGCCUGUUUGUCAUAUAUAUUAAAAUGUGUGUGUUUGUAUACUUAUAAAUGCACACAAACACACACAUACACAUACAUGCAUAUUUUAAUCCAUGGAGAGAUUUUUAUUGUAAACAAACUACUAUAACUUAUGUUCUGCUACAGACAGAACAAAAUGAUUCAUUUUGCUGUUCCAAUUUUGUCCCUUGGAUAGUUGGUGGAAAAUACUAACAGCACUACUUAUUCUGCAUUUGGUUUUCCUCUACAAUAGGAAAACUUAUUUUAUAUUAUCUUUAAGUCAGAACAGCAUCUCAUCUGGUUUUUUAUUCACUUGAAAAUUUCACUUCAAUUUUGAAAUAUCUUUCAUGGCAGCUUUAACUUUUUGUGCAACUGUUUCCCUGACAGUAAUGAAGUGCUGAGCAUGUUGACUGUUGUUCUUUGAUAAGGUAACAAAAAUGUUUGUAUUUGGAGAAUUUAACUUUAAUUAUGCAGGAAGGUAAGUGUGAUAAGUCUAGUGCUUGGUAUAUGGUACAUCAUAUAUACAUGAAUACAUGAUAAGUUGAUUGUUUAAUCUAUUUUCUUUUACUUAAAAGUGCAUAUAUAUUAUAUACAGAGAGAGGGAGAAAAAAUAAUAUUAUAUUGGCAUGUUUAUAUCAUGCAGAGCAAGAUUGUGUCAGCAUUUCUAUUACUUAGUCCUAUUUUCAGCAGGUUAUAACACAGUCAUAAAGGUUUGCUUUAAGUAAAAGAUGUAGGAGCAAUUGUGUUCACUGUAAUUCCCAAAUGCAUACUGGCUAGUAUCAAAUUAUAGAAGUUCAGAAUAAAUUAGUGAUGUUUCCUGAUCUAGUUUUGAACUCAAUUCAGUCAAAGUUCUAAGACAAUGGGUUUUUUUGAAUAGUUGUUUUUCUACCAGGGCCUAUAAUUAUCAAAAUUAAGAAAAAACAAACUGAAAAUAUUUUCAGUUCUGCAAACUGGGUUCCUGCUCAUGUGCCGUAACAUUUUUCAUAAAAUUUUUAAUAAACAUUUCCAUAUUGGUAUUGUCAUGAUCUUUACUGUGGAAAAAUACAAAACUGAAUAUGCUUUGUGUUAAUCAGUUACAGUCUAUCAAGCUGACUAUACAGGGUCAUGUAUCUUCAGAGUACUAUGGUCUGUAUGAUGCAGGAGGCCAGAGUAGAUGAUGGCAGUGUUUCCUCUGGCCUUCUAAUGUAUAAACCUAUGAAAACGUUAUUGACUGUAGACAAAAAUUAAUUUUUAUCAAAAAAUACAUUUUAAAAACUAUGUAACUGUAUAUUUACUGGAUAGGCUGGGAUGGAGAGACUCAAAUGGCUCCAAAGGAGCCCUUUCAAGUCUCCUGAAUAAAUGUAAUACAUAUUUUAUAUCUUCCUAUGAACUUCUGUUCUUUUUCUUCUUUCAAAGUGGGGCAAAGGGAGGGGAUAAUUAAAGAAAAAGAUUUUUUUAAGGCUAAUUUUGUGAAUGAAAAUAACAGAAGCUAAUAGAUUCAAGUGCAAAGGGCAGACUUAUACUUUUUCUUUAGAAGUGUACUUCACCUCCCCAGUUGUUUUGUCAAGAGUCCUAUGCCAUUAGCAGUGUGGGUUAAGAACAGAGUGUAAGGCUUAAUUUUUGAAUUUUCAACUUUUUGGGGGGGUCUUUCUUCACAAUCUUAAUGUCAAUUAAAUGUAGUUUUUGCUACCAAAUUAUAUAGAAUCAAAUUCUAGCUUGUUGAGUAGAAAAAAGUGUGUAGAAUAGAAAGUUGGUCUGCCUAUAAGCAAUGGAAGUAUUACAAUCCUAUUGUAGUUUUUUUGCAUUUGAACCAUCGCUAGGGCAAACCUUAAAAAAGACACAUAGCAAACUGAACAGUGAAUGUUCCAGGCACUGUGUUUUUUAAAAAGUAGAAAUGCAAGCUACCACACCAUUAGCAGCCUAAAUUGGAGAUAGCACAAGAUGACUGGGCUGAGGGGCAAGGAUAUGAUUGCAGGGGCUUGCUCUGUCUUGACUCCUAUAUCUUCUCACAACGUGAUCUAAGUUUUAUCACCAAUUGCAGAGGUGGAGGAAGCCGUGCACUGUGGCAGUAGGAGAUGUGAAGCAGCCAUUACAGAAAAAUAGCUCCCUGUCGCCUUUUGUUGUUGUCAAGACUGUCUUUGGACAGCUCUAUUUCCAGAAGCGUAAAUAGAUGACUGCAGCCCUAUGAGCCAUAAGGAAAAUCGUUAUUAUCAGUGGAGGGAACAAAUGUCACUGGCCACUUAAGUGUUCAGCUAUGCUGUAUAUCAAAUAAUACUGUGUGGGAGCUGAGGAACAGAUAACCUGUUAUUGAAUACAAUGGUAUUGCCAUGACUGAUACACCAGCACUGUAACAUUAGGUGUACUUCCUUAGCUCACACUACACAGACUGCAGACAGAGUGGUUCACAUAAGAUAGGACCAUUUAAACAUAUGUCAGUUACAAAAUCAGGUGUAAAUGAACCAUAUAUUCAUAAAAUUAAUCUCUGAUUUAUGCAUGUAAAUCAAUGAAUUGUCUGCCACUGGUCUCAUGAAAAAAUGUAAUGUGUGAGUCUAAUCUGCCUAACCCAUUCUUGUGACUUGCCAUCUGAGAUGUCAGAGGCUGAUAGAGAAAGACAUUGUCAUCAGUGCCAUCAAUGCUGAAAAUGUCUGGUAAGCAUCAAAAGCAUACCAUCACUUGUUGCAGACUGGCUCCAUUUGAUGCUUGAUCUAAGGUAGCCUCUAAUGUUAGGCAGCAUAGAUUCUGUAUCAUGUGGCAUUAUUUGAUGUAUGUAUUUAACUAGGAAAGCCCAAUGAUAAUCAGGAGAUCAUAUUUUGAAUGAUCAUCAGUAUGUGACCACAGCAAACAUCUGUUCCCAAAAUCAAAAAGUAUUUCAAAGAAGCAUGUAGACAGCUUUAAACACAUGCAUCAUAAACAGGUCUUGUUUCCCAGUAUGCAUAAGCUUUAGCAUAUCAUCUACAAAUUAUAGUCAGUUUAUUAACAUUUGCAGUUGCAGCUGCCCAUUAUGUCUUUGAGAUAUGACAUUCUGUGAGAGGUGUACAUAAAGUAUGUUCGCCCUGUGGAGAUAGCCUUAAGUACUGCUUUGGUCUGCCCACAGUAUAGGUGAAAUAAAUUUUAGAGGCAGAGAAGACAUAAAUGAAGAAAUGCUAAAGACAAUUUUCUGGACUUGGAUCUGCAUGCAGCAUAGUGCUACUUGCUGUCACAGUAAAACCACAUAAAAAAUAAUCAUUACACAUGCCUGCCACUUAGGAUGGCACAAAGCUUUCCAGUCACACAGCUUAGUUUCUUCUGCUUCUGUAGAAUGAUAUUGUCCACAAAUGAUAGUUAUAAUAGCCACCACAUAAACCAAAGCUUUCUGUUUAGUUAAUAGUAAUUUCUAACCUUUGAAAUUGCAUCACAUCCUUUUUAGAACUACAACCUUAAUCUCCUUGGCAACCUAUCAGCAUAUCUUAAUUCAUAGCCUUUCACGCCCUUUUUUUUUUUUUUUUUUUUUUUUUUGCUGUUGCAGUAAAAUAUAUACUGAACAUUCUUGCCAUCUGGCACUAACACGUGGAAUAAUCAUUUUCAUUCGGUGCCAUGCAUGUGUCCUGGAUCAUCCAUUUGCCCAUCCAUCAUUCUGGGAAGUGGCUUUCUGGGAAGUGGGAUUAGCAACAGAAGGCUGGGGUAAAAUAACUUCCUAAAGUACCUGGUUAGCCCUUAACAAUAUGACAAUGGGAUUUGAAGGGUUUUAGUGAAGUAUUAUAUUACUUACCCACCAGCAACAGAACAGUGUAACUAUGUCCAUCAGUGCACGUCCAGAUGAGUUCACCACUUGCAAAGAGCAGCGUGUUAAGUCAAAAAACAAUGUUUCUAAUCUGUAUUUCUAUCCUGAUGUGUUGGCAUAGUUUAAUACUCAGUCUACACACAUAUUCAUAGCUUACCUAAAAUCAUCUGCCUUGUGGAAGGUGAGAGUGCUUAGGGUCAGCAGGCAAUCAGUGCUAACUCGUUUAUAAGAUGUGAACAAAUUUUGUUUCCCUUACUAUCAUUUUACAACCUCAAAGAAAAGAAAGUAGGUUUUUCCAUAAUGUAAAAUGGUUUAUAAUAUCUUUGCCAGUGUUCACAAUUCCAUGAUAUUAUAUAUAGCUCAGAAAGUACUAUUGUACAACUGAUAUAUCCCACUUGAAAUGCACAGCCCCAUAUUUAGGCUUACAAUGAAUCUAAACAGAGAUGCACAUACUGUGUAUGCUAUGCUUGGCUAUUGCCACAAAAUUGCCAGUGCUCACAUACUGAUCAUCUUCAUAUUUUAUGGGAGCACCAUGUUGAAGUCAGCUCUGAGCAGUUUGUCUGCUUGGAUAUGAGUUAUAUAAGUUAUGAAAUGGUACAUACGAUGCCAUGUAUUCAGAAGACAUCAUCAGCAACCUACAGAAGUUUUAAAUGAUCAUGACAGCUACGAUUUAUUCCUGCAAGGCAUAGCUGUGGCUUGUAUUUACAUGGUUGUGUUUUGCCUUAUAAUAAAGUGCUAUGAACUCUGGCCAUGCAUCACGAGGUAGUUGAAAACUGUUAAAAAAAUAUUUCAGGAUAACCAUUGUCAAUAUACAGCUCACAGAAGUACCUGAGAUUGUUAUACCCAAGAAAACUUAAUCUUGAAUAGGAAUCCAGAAUUGCAGGAAUGUGUGAUGAUGCAAAUAACCUAUUCCCAGCUCUUACUCUAUGUAAUACAUUUGGUAAAACAUUGUCAACUAAAUAUAUGCCUAACAUCCAUCUUUACUGUGUUUCCAAAAACGUGCAGACAUCUCUUGUCUAUUCAUGCACAGUACUGUCUUAUUGUGUCUGGUUGAAAACUGUUUUAGAGGAUAGAUCAAGGAUUAUGACUCCCUCUUUUCAUCAUCCAAGAUACACAGGUCAUCAUCUGCUAUCAAUAUGCAUUCCUUUGAAGGUGGUAGUCCUUGGAUCACAAUGAUGACAAAUACAGAUUUAAAGGAACAGGCUAUUGACAUCUUUCUCAGAGGAAACUUAAAUUAGUCAUGAACUUUCUUUCCGCAGCUUCUAGGAUCCACCAGAAAGCCAGCUAGGUCUUUUGGCUAAAGACUGCAGACAGACAUAGAAAAAGCAGCAUAAGCACAUUUCCAUUUUUCAUUUCCAGAAGAAUAUAAAAAAAGGAAUGAGAACAUUUUGGUUUGUAUUUGCAAGUGCAAAAAAAGUUUGUCAGAAGUGGAAGGAGACAAGGACCACUGACACCACUAAAAUUGCAUGUAACUGCUAUGUAAUCAACAAUAAAGAGAUAUUAUCAGGAAGUUGGUGCUAGCUUUGAAAAUAUUAUUGGUCUCCAACAACAAGGAUACCUGUUAGGCUGUAGAAAGUCCAACUAAUUCUAUAUUUGGUGUCAUAACCCACCAGAGAGCCGUCAGUCAAAAGGCUCCUCAGGAUAUGUACUCUAAACCUGACUAUAAAUACAGAGAGCGAGCACAUUAUUUAUCUGCUGCAAUCAAAAAUCUUUCGAGAGAGAUUUAGUCAAACUAACAUCAGCCUGAAUCGAUGUACAAAAACUUGUCAUAGUGUAAUGUUCUUACGUUUGUUUUCAGAAAAUAGAUACAAAAAGUUACCUAUCAUUUGAAGAAUUCCACUGGAUGAAAUACUGAGGGACAAAGAAGCCUUUAACUCUAUUAGUCUAUAUUACAGCCAGGUAUCUUUAUCUCCAUGAUAUCUCAGUCUUGAAGUGUUCAAUAUAAUAGAAAUACUUUUAUGACCUUUGGAUGGAUCAUCUAUUGCUAUUUCUUUAUGUAAAUUGAUAAGUACGAUCAAACUUCUGAUUCCCCUCCACCCCCCUUUUUCACUGUGCCCUGACAUGUUUCCUGACUAAUUAAGGCAGUAUUUAAUUUUAUAGGCUCUUGAUAGACAAGUGAGAAAUGAUCCAUUCAUUAAACAGAGAAAAGAAGGAACUACAAUUUUGUUGUCUAUCUCAUUUAAUCACACACAACUUUCUACGAUCUGUCACUAGGAAAUGCAGCUUUUUGUGUCUAUGAUGAAGAGGUAGUAUCUUCUCAAAAACUCCUGUGAACAUUUGAGGAACGUGAUGUAUAUCUUUCACUAAAUCUUGUUCAUUGUCCAGUCCCCCAACACUAAGCUCCAAGUUAACUCACUUCAGAUUAUUGAAGUCUCUGCCAUCCAUUGAUACUGUCAUCCUUCAAGUCUUUUAUGAAAAUGAUGUGGUACAGCCAGUACUAAUCAUCACGGACUCCUUAUUUGCAUCUUGUGGCUACUUGCCUGGUCACAUGUACAAUGGUGUAACAGAAGAGACCUAUUAUUUUUGAUCCCAGCCAUUGCAUACCAUUUGCAUGCAUGGUUUAUACCAUCUGUGAGAGGUGAGCAGUCUAGAAAGCUGUAUUUCAAAAAUGUUUUUAUUAUUUCCAGUGGUUCCAGUUCUCACCUUUAACCUUUUGUCUUUCUCCUUUGCAUUCUGGUGCCUAUAAUAUGUCAUGGAUAUUCAGACAAUAUUUAUAUGGCUGGACUCCUUCCUCUACCACAAGGCAGUUCAUACACAUACAUCAACUACCAUUACAUUACUGCUGUAGCAUAAUAUGCUAGCACUGUUGCAUGGCAGAAUGCUUUGCUAUUAUGCACUGUUUUCUGAUUGAUUCUAAUUUCUGAGUAUCAUAAAUAACAUAUUUAUGAAGAGGUCUCUCUGACGUCUGCUACUGUAGUCUGGGAAUCAGAUUCAUUGCAUGGUUCAGUCACAGCUUGCAGAGAAAGAUGCAGGUGUUUGACUUCUGUAGGUUUAUUGUAUGUGAUAAGUGUUCCUAUAUGAUCAGAAGCUGUUUGAGGGAGGUGGUGUCUGCUCCUUGCCAGUCCUGUGGUUAGUAUUGUUAGCAAUUAAAGCAUGUACAGCUGGUUUUGUCAGUGUGUAGUCACUCAGAGUUUGGUAUGGAUAUGUACAAGAAGGAUACAUUGUUUUCCAUGGUUCAUACACAUUCUUGUUUCUCUUCCUUUCUGAAUAACAUGCACCUUGCUUUCUCUCUAAGUGCUGUAAUCUUGUAUCUACCAGAACCUGACUUCUUCCUUAGUACUGCUUGUUGGGUGUUAUUUUAGCAGCUGAUUCCAUUUUCCAUCUUGUUGCCAUUCCUUCCUCCUUGUAAUUCCAGCAGAAAUUGUUCUGGUUCCAAUAUGUUAGCUAGAAGCUACUACAAUUGUGACUCUUCCCACACUGUGAUUUGCUUGUUUAUCCUCCACCUCUGAGAAAGAGGAAAUCAACUUCUCAUGCAGAGACAAGGAUUUUGGUGCCAUUGUUGGGAUAUCUCUGGAAGUAGUUUUAUGCAUAACAUGACCAUAAAACUCACAUGUUGUUAAACACCAACUCUUUUCAAGCUCUACUUCUUAAACCACCCAACAAUUGUUCAUUUAAUUUACAAAGCCUAAAUAAGUCAGAAUAUGCAUGUGAUGAUUUCUCUGUGUGACACAAAUUUCUCAUUUUUAUUUCCUUUUCUCCGCAUAGCCCCAUAUGCAUUUCAAGCCCAUGUUUGGAUCAUUAGGAUGUGUGUUAGUAACAAAAUAACUGAAGCAUUUAUUUGCUUUCUGCAACUAAAUGUCAUUUUAUUAUUGAUAUUUUAUUUUAUUUUAUUUUAUUUUAUUGUCUCACACAGCAUUCUAUACAGUAACCUUUUUAUAACUGACAUAUGUUAUUCUUUCAGGUAGCUUCUACUGACAAACACAAAGCUUGUUUGUGUGCAAAUGCAAGGCUGACUAAAUGGUGCUAAAGUGUAUUAUGACUGUCAGAUAUAAUCAGGCAAAAUUUUGUGGUGCUUAGACUGAUUUUUUCAUUGAUUUUAUUGAUCAAUGCAUUGAACAGUGUUUUAUUAUACACAAGUGUCUUUUAUUAGUAAAUCAAGACCUCAUAGUGCAUUGUUAAACAAAAUGGGUUAAUUAAUCUCUGUAACAGCUCACCAAGCUAUUAUCUCUUUAACUCCUUAUAAUGUUGUGUCAUUAAAGGUCAAGGGGUCAUGAUAAUAAUCUCAUUGCUGUAGACCAUUAACAUGACUGAACAUUUUCAACAAAGUACUUAUGUUUACAAUGCUAUAACCCUUUGACUGCUGCGGCAACCUUUAACCACAGAAAGUCACAUGCUAGAAUCAUAACUAUGGUUCUUGCCAUGGCAAUCAAAGAGUUAAGGGCUGUGCAGUGAUUUGUUUUGUAUUUAUUAAUUUAUAUUUAUUUUUUGUUUUCAUUUGAGAAGGGGGGAGUUGGGGUGGGGCAGUUCUUGUCUGCUGUAAGUGUCUUAACCAAGGGAAGGGUUAAAAUGGCUUUUUAUACUAUUGCAUCUUAUGUACUUACCAUUGUUUCAUUGUGUUGUAAUUAAAAAACCCCUGUCAAUAAAUAAGAGAACAGAAAAAAAGUUUCAUAAA